GUCGCCUCCCGGAGGCCGAGCUGCCGCCGGCUGUGACGGGGGCUCCAAGCCCCUUCGCCCCGCCGCCCCCCUCUUCCCUUUCCCCUUCCCCUUCCCCUCUCCCGCCCGCCCUCGGGCCCUCCUCCCGUCACUGAUUCGGCGCCGGAGCCCCGGGUGCCCGAGCCCCCCUCCCCAGCCCCGGCCCCCGCCGCCGCCGCCGCCGCGGCUCCGGAGCUGUCAGUGCGCAGGCAGCGCCGCGGCCCCGCGCACAGCCCCGCGCCGCCAACGGCCGCCAACCGCCCCGCCAACGGUCGCCAACCGCCGCCGCGGAGCCGCCACCGCGGGGCGGCAGCAGAUACAAUGAUGACACUGAAGGUUCAGAUCCUGUUUGGUUUCCUUUGCUGCAUGAUUCUUCUGCCUACAGAUGGCUUCCCAGCAGACACCAGUACUGAAUUUCGCUCUGCUUUCUCUGUGGCCAGAACCAGCAGCAUGGAAGGGAGCUCUGAGAUGGUCAUUACCUUUGACAAAGUGUAUGUGAACAUUGGCAAUGACUUUGAUCCCAAGACUGGGUUGUUCCGCUGUCGGAUCCCUGGAGCCUACUACUUCUCCUUCACUGUUGGGAAGUACCCAAAGAAAAAUUUGUCUGUCAUGCUGAUGAGAAACAAGAAUGAAGUGCAAGUGAUUGUGUAUGACGAACAUCACCGCAAGGAACGGAAGGUAGCCAGCCAGAGUGCCAUGCUGCAGCUCGACUACGGUGACACAGUUUGGCUGCGUUUACAUGGAGAUCCCAAGUAUGCUCUUUACAGCAAUGUGGGCCCCUAUACAACUUUCAAUGGCUACCUAAUCUAUCCAGACACUUCUGCCUUCUUCCAGAAUGCUCUUAGCUCUCAAGAGGUGGGGCCACACCAUCACACUAUUCAGCAACUUCCCAGAGAGCAGAAUGAAGCUUCACAGCGACAUGUUUUAUCUGACCAACCAAACAGGGAACAAGAUCCUCGCUCUGCAUUUUCUGUUGCCCGCUCACAAAGUCUCCUGGGGACAGACGACAAGCAAACCCAGCAUGAGCCAAUCACGUUUGACACAGAGUUUGUGAACAUUGGAAAAGAUUUCAAUUCCUCCACUGGCAUCUUCUCAUGCCGUAUACCUGGUGCAUACUAUUUCUCCUUCACCAUUGGCAAAAUGCCCUUUAAGACUAUGUCAGUGAAACUUAUGAAGAACCACAAUGAGGUGCAGGCCAUGAUCUAUGAUGACAACCACUCCAAGAGGCGGGAGAUGCAGAGCCAGAGUAUCAUGCUGCCUCUGCAGUACGGGGACACCGUUUGGCUCUACAGCCAUCAGCAUGAUGGCUAUGGUGCCUACAGCAACCAUGGCAAGUACAUCACCUUCACCGGCUUCCUGAUCUAUUCAGAGGCUCAGCCAAAGCGGCUUCCAGGUGCCAGCUCCCCCCAAGGGUCAAAUAAUUAGGUGCAGAUGUGAAAGGAGCGUAAGAAAAGCCAAGGUGCCAUGAACUUGGGUUUAGCUCCUCUUCAAAUAUCAUCCUCUACUUUGAGCAUGCUAUCAUGUGUCCAGUGCUUUCCCUAUGCUGCACGCUUGUGCCCUGUCUGCAGGGCCACUGCCGUGUCUGCCAUUCAUCCAUAGAAAGGUCUUUACAGGUUUUAUGUGUGUGUCCUGUGUUGGUGUUUGAUUUAAGCAUAAAGCAUGAGGUAGUUUGGGGGCAGGGGUGGGGCAGCGUAGUGAGAUGCUGAGGAUCGGAGAGCCACUGCGGUAAUGUUACUGCAGAUCCCCAGCAUCCAGAAAGCAAAGGAUGUGGUGACUUUCCUUGCAUUUCUGGGGAGGGAAUAAAUGUAAUGAAAAUGAAUGUAAUAAAAAUUAAAAAGAUGUAAAAUUU